GUGGGGGCCAGUGUCCCCUGCCGGAUUCACUUUCUAGCCGGCCCGCCGCCCGCCGCCCGCCCGCCGCCUCCUCUGCGCCGCUCAGCCUCGCCCGCGCCGCCACCAUGAGCCAGGCCUACUCCUCCAGCCAGCGCGUGAGCUCCUACCGCCGCACCUUCGGGGGGGCUCCGGCCUUCACAUUCGGCUCCCCGCUGAGCUCGCCUGUGUUCCCGCGCGCUGGCUUCGGCACCAAGGGCUCCUCCAGCUCGAUGACAUCCCGCGUGUACCAGGUGUCGCGCACGUCGGGCGGGGCAGGGGGCCUGGGAUCGCUACGGGCCAGCCGGCUGGGAUCAGCCCGCGCGCCCUCCUCCUACGGCGCGGGCGAGCUGCUGGACUUCUCGCUGGCCGACGCCGUGAACCAGGAGUUCCUGACCACGCGCACCAACGAGAAGGUGGAGCUGCAGGAGCUCAACGACCGCUUCGCCAACUACAUCGAGAAGGUGCGCUUCCUGGAGCAGCAGAACGCGGCGCUUGCUGCCGAGGUGAACCGGCUCAAGGGCCGCGAGCCCACCCGGGUCGCUGAGAUCUACGAGGAGGAGCUGCGCGAGUUGCGGCGCCAGGUGGAGGUGCUCACCAACCAGCGCUCCCGCGUCGAGCUCGAGCGCGACAACCUGCUGGACGACCUGCAGCGGCUCAAGGCCAAGCUGCAAGAGGAGAUUCAACUGAAAGAAGAAGCGGAGAACAACUUGGCUGCCUUCCGAUCGGAUGUGGAUGCGGCCACUCUAGCUCGAAUUGACCUGGAGCGCAGGAUCGAAUCCCUCAACGAGGAAAUCGCAUUCCUUAAGAAAGUGCACGAAGAGGAGAUUCGAGAGCUACAGGCCCAGCUUCAGGAACAGCAGGUCCACGUAGAGAUGGACAUGACCAAGCCAGACCUCACCGCUGCCCUCAGGGACAUCCGGGCCCAGUACGAGACCAUUGCAGCUAAGAACAUCUCCGAAGCCGAGGAGUGGUACAAGUCCAAGGUGUCCGACCUGACCCAGGCAGCCAACAAGAACAACGAUGCGCUGCGCCAGGCCAAGCAGGAGAUGAUGGAGUACCGACACCAGAUCCAGUCCUACACCUGCGAGAUCGACGCCCUCAAGGGCACGAACGAUUCCCUGAUGAGGCAGAUGCGGGAGCUGGAGGACCGCUUUGCUAGUGAGGCCAGCGGCUACCAGGACAACAUCGCCCGCCUAGAGGAGGAGAUCCGCCAUCUCAAGGAUGAGAUGGCCCGCCACCUGCGCGAGUACCAGGACCUGCUCAAUGUCAAGAUGGCCCUGGAUGUGGAGAUUGCCACCUACCGGAAGCUGCUGGAGGGCGAGGAGAGCCGGAUCAACCUUCCCAUCCAGACCUUCUCUGCCCUCAACUUUCGAGAAACGAGCCCUGAGCAAAGGAGUUCUGAGGUUCAUACCAAGAAGACAGUGAUGAUCAAGACCAUUGAGACCCGGGAUGGGGAGGUCGUCAGCGAGGCCACACAGCAGCAGCACGAGGUGCUCUAAAGCCAGAGCACCCUCUGCCACCAGAGACCGUCCUUGCCCCUGUGCUCACUGCCUCCCGGCCAGCCUCCUCCCACCCCAGCACAGUGCUGCCCUCACAGCCCUGACCCCGCUCACCAGCCACCCGCCAGUGUCCCCACAGGGGACAUGGCCCAUCCCUGCCCCACAGGGAGCCCCCAGCAGUGUGAGUCCUGGAUGUUGGAAAUGAGUGAGCCUGGCUCUUGGCCAGCCUUAGGGUGCUGUCAAGAUGGCCCUGGAUGUGGAGCCGAGGCAGAGCAGUGACCCUGCCCCUCCACUUCUGUGGCCUCAGGCCCUAGCCUCUGGCUUUGGAGAGGGACCUCCACCCCAGCUGGGUGUUGGGACCCACGGGGUGGACCUCCCCACUGCCCAGCCUGGGUCAGAAAAAAGAAAGGGUCUCCUCAGUAAGCUGGGCCCGUAACUGGGGGACUAGUCCCCUAUGAAGACUAGGGGACACUAAAUUAACCUCAUAGUCCCUGUGGAGACUGAGGGGCACUAAAUUCACCCCAUAGUCUCUUACGUUCCCAAGGUAAGCUUAGAAGCAGGGGCUGCACGAAGGAACCCCCGAAGGUGCCAGAGGUGGGAGCAUGCAAUUCAGAAGGAGAGAAAGUGGAUGAGAUGCUGAGAGGAAAGGAGAGGAGAGAGGCAAGCGUGGUCUCAGGCAGGUGGCAAGGGUGCCCGACUCCCUGCGCCUGCCCCUCCCCCACUACAGGGGCUCCGGACAGAAACAAUAAAAAGAUAAGCACAAGCCUA